AUGGAUCACGAAGUAUUAGAUAAAACAACAUCUUCAUCAUUAAUUCUACCAAAAGAUGACAAUAAAGUGGUGAUAAUAUCUCCUAGUAAUGGAAAAAUUUUAAUUCGUGAGGACACUGUGCUUCAAGGGUGCGUGGGCUGUGGAAGAGCCCAAUUUACAUGUACGGGUAUCAAAAAGCAAUGGUCUGUUUUGUGUUGGGGUCAGCAGAUGGACAGGAGAUAUUAUUUAUUUUUAACACUUCUUUCGGCAACAUUUGCGCUUAGCCUUAUAGGAGCCAUAUUCUUCUGUUUUACAAACACAAUCAAUGAUGCUAUUUUAUCUAAUAUGGCGAUCCGAAACAACUCGAUCGCAUUCUCCAUGUGGCGUAGACCGACGGUGCGGCCUAUAAUGAAAGUACAUCUCUUCAAUUACACCAACUGGGAGGACGUACGAGAUGGUAGAGCUAGUAAACUUAAAAUUCAGGAUAUUGGGCCGUAUGUUUACUCCCAGCAGUUAGAGCGGGUGAACAUAAAAUUCGAGGGAGACAAACUUACAUAUCAAGAGAGGAACAAUUUUCAAUAUUUGCCAGAAAUGAGUGCUGGACCACAUUUUGACCAAGUGUUUGUUCCUAAUCUACCUUUAAUCGGUGUUAUUUCCAAAUCGCUGGAUCUGCCAACUGUGGUUACAUUCCCAUUACUAAACUCAUUGCGGUUCACGAACCAUCAUGACGCAUUCCUCAAGUUACCGGUUCAUAGAUUCCUAUGGGGCUACGAUGAUGACAUUAUAAACACGGCUAAACCGUUUUUGAGUUUAAAUGGGAAACUUCGUUUUGACAACUUUGGGCUACUUGUCACGAAAAACGGUACCGUUUCCGACAGGCUGACGAUAAAUACUGGUGAAAAUGACAAAGACAAGAUAAAUAUUUUGGAAAAAUUCAAUGGCGAUACUAAAUUACCAUAUUGGAGCAGCAAUGAGUGCAACAGUAUUGAAGGCUCUGACGGAACAAUAUUCCCCCCUGCGAUGUUGGAUAAGAACAGAACAAUCUAUAUAUUUUACGGGAACUUGUGUCGGCGACUGCCUUUUAACUACGUGAAGGAUGUCGAUAUUGGCGAUGGAAUUGAAUUACUCCGGUACUCAAUGCCUAGAACAGUCUUCGAUGAUCCUGGUCAUUAUUCACCGAAUCAAUGUUAUUGUAACAUUGAUACCGCUAGCUGUCCGCCACGAGGAGUCAUUGAUCUUAGCAACUGUACUAUGGGUGCUCCAUUACUUGCGUCCUUCCCUCACUUCUACCUCGGAGACCCCAAACUGCGUGAGCCGUUUGAAGGACUGGAGCCUAAUCCUGAACUCCACGAUUCGUACCUUGAUAUUCACCCAACUCUUGGAAUUUCGCUUAGUGGAAAAUCGAGUUUACAACUCAACAUAAUUGUACGAAAAUCAUCAUUUAUCAGCACACUAAACUUUUUGGAGGAAAAAAUGAUUCUGCCAGUUGCAUGGAUUCAAAUGACGGUUGAAGAACUCCCUGAAAGCCUCCGAACGCUCGUGUACCACGGAACUUUUUCAACGGCGGCAGCUCAACUCGGAUUAACUGUAUUUUUCAUACUAACGUUGAUUAUUUCUGGGCUAUGCAUUCUCAUCAUGUUGGUAACACGAAGGAAAAAGCCAUGCGCGACAGUGAAAAUUAUACCAAAUGAAGAGGUCAAACUUAGCUGA